AUGCGCGCUUCUGGGUACGCUACGUCGGGUAGGCCCUCGAAUAACAUCGUGGAAGAGUAUCUUUCACCGGUCAACGAUGUCUAUACCGGAGAUUUCCAGGAGUUCAAGAGACUCACAGACUCGGAGAAGCAGGAGGUAAUUGCACGGGAAGCUGAGGAGUAUGGUCUGGAAAAGCCGCAAGGAUACAACGUAUCCUUUCACUACAACCCACACGUUGAAUACCACCACUUCGGAAGUUCACAUCCCAUGAAGCCUUGGAGGUUGACUCUGACCAAACAACUCGUCCUAUCCUAUGGGCUAGAGUAUACAAUGGACCUCUAUGAACCGCGCCCUGCCAACUUCAACGAGCUGUCCAUCUUCCACGACCGCGAAUACUUGUCAUACUUGAGCGAAAUCACACCGCAGAAUGCUAAGCCAGAUGAUCCCCAAUACAUCGCCUAUGGAUUUGGUGGUGAUUCGAAUGAUUGCCCAGUGUUCGACGGAUUAUGGAACUACGUGUCGCUUUACACCGGUGCAUCUAUGAGUGCGGCCUACAAUCUCCUCAACAAACAGUCUGACAUAGCCAUCAACUGGUCUGGGGGGCUGCAUCACGCAAAGAAGAAUCUAGCGUCCGGCUUUUGCUAUGUCAAUGACAUAGUUAUCGCCAUACAGCUCUUGUUGACCCAACAUCAGCGCGUCUUAUACAUUGAUAUCGAUGUGCACCAUGGUGACGGUGUGGAACAGGCGUUCGAGUCGACCGACCGCGUGUUUACCUUAUCCUUCCACAAAUACGGCAUUGACAGGCACGGUUGGCCGUUCUUCCCUGGAACUGGCAACAUCGACGAGAUGGGACCCAAGGAUCCAGCAAAUCGGGGCAAAGCACACAGCCUGAACAUUCCAAUCGACGAUGGAAUCGAUGACCAUCAGUAUAAAUGGCUCUUCAAGACUGUCACUAGCAAGGUGAUUGAGAAAUACAACCCUCAAGCCAUUGUGCUUCAGUCUGGCGCUGAUUCGCUUGGUGGAGACCGUCUUGGUCGCUUCAACCUCAAUAUUAAAGCACAUGGCUCCUGCAUUGAGACUGUGAAGUCUUUCGGCCGUCCUCUCGUCCUUAUUGGGGGUGGAGGAUAUACACCUCGCAAUGUUGCUCGAACCUGGUGUCACGAAACAGCUGUCUGCGUCGGCGCCACCUUACACAACGAUCUACCGGCACACAUCCCCUAUCUCCAGGCAUUUCAAGGUGAAGAAAACGGCGGUGGCAUCCUCUAUCCUGACCUCCACAAUACGAAGCGUCACGACAAUCUCAACACAGACCCGGCACUACAGAAGCUUGUUGAAAAAGCGAUGGAAAAUCUGCGUUUCAUGGAAGGUGCACCCAGUGUUGUAGUGAAUACCAAAGGAAUCACCGAGGAGCAAAUCAUGAAGAUCAGAGAGCAAAUCGACCAUGAGUUGGCAGAUGAGGAGGAGGAUAGGCUGCAUUCCUUGGUCGCAGAAAAGACUCGACGGACCCGCGAAAGAAACGUCGGAGGGCGGAAUGAACGUCGUUGA